CUGAUUUGGGGCGGGGGGAGAGAAGGAGGCGCUGCUGUGCUGCUCGUUCCGCGACUCCCCGAAGUUUGGACCCUCUCCGCUUCCCGUCCGCCUGAGGGUGACCGAGCGGCGGAGAGCAGGUGGCGCUCCAGAAGGUGGUGGCGGGGCACGGUCGUUGCGGCACCCGCCCCCUUCCUCCCCUUCAUAAGAUGGCGGCGUGUCCUCCUCCUGCUCAGCAGUUCUGCGUGGCCGAGGAACGGAGCGGCCACUGCGCCGUGGUGGAUGGGAACUUUCUCUAUGUGUGGGGGGGAUACGUGUCAAUUGAAGAAAAUGAAGUGUAUUUGCCUAAUGAUGAACUUUGGCUCUAUGAAAUUGAUAGUGGGUUAUGGACAAUGCACCUAAUGGAAGGAGAGCUACCUACUUCUAUGUCAGGAAGUUGUGGAGCUUGCAUCAAUGGGAAGCUGUAUAUAUUUGGCGGAUUUGAUGAUAAAGGAUACAGUAAUUGGCUGUAUUAUGUUAAUUUGCGAACAAGAAAUGGAACCUAUAAAUGGAAAAAAAUUACAGACUUUAAAGGUCAGCCUCCUACACCACGUGACAAGCUUUCCUGUUGGGUGUAUAAGGACAGAUUAAUAUAUUUUGGUGGUUAUGGAUGUAGAAAACACAAUGAACUGAGUGAUUGUUUUGAUGUUCAUGAUGCAUUUUGGGAAGGGCAGAUAUUUUGGGGAUGGCAUAACGAUGUUCAUGCUUUUGAUACAAACACACAAACUUGGUUUCAACCAACAAUUAGAGGUGGAGUUCCACCUCAGCCUCGAGCAGCUCAUACGUGUGCUGUGCUAGGAAAUAAGGGUUACAUCUUUGGAGGACGAGUGCUGAGGAAACUGCUGCAAUCCUCACAAAAGGCCACCAAGGAGAGGACAACAACCUCUUCUACCAGGGAACAUGCUAAAAAGAAAAGAUCCCCAGCGUGCUUGAUGAUAUGGGUACUGGCCAGAGCAAGGUUGAACACCUUUGAGUCGGUGGGAUCCUCAGAUAUCGCUGGUACCGUUAACGCCAAGGACCCUAAGAGGGUGGACUCAGAAAGGAGUGGCAGCGAUAAGCCUAGCUCUUCCAUGCUGGCAUUGACUGAGCCACUCAGACAUGCAGCACCAAACAGAUUGGUACCCCAACAAUUUACCAAUCCCUUAGCAGAGCACAGAGCCCCAUUGGCACUGACAACCACUUCAACUAGAGUGGUAUUACUGCUAAUGUCUCCAUGUGGUACCACAAGAAUUCUGUUUUCAGAAGGACUUUAUAGCCAGUUAGUUCAUUUUAUAAUUCAUGUAUUGUGUGAUGUUAUGAUUAACAUGCUAUGUCAUAUAUAAUCAUUGUAUUCUCAAUAGAUUUAAAUUGUAGGAUUAUAGAAAUAUAAGAUUGAUUGGUAGCCAGAAGGGAUAAGUAUAUAUUAUGUAUCUAAGUAAGUAGGGCUGAAACACAAGGCGUACAGGCUGAGGCCUGUAGGAUUUUAGCUUAGCCAUACCAGGCUACAAGAUUACAGGAAAAGAUGUGUGUAUGGGUGGUAUUGCAAAAAAUUAACAAUAAGAGUAAUUUUUUGCUUACAAGAUACCUGGUAGUCACAUUUUUCUAACACAUGCCCUAAUCACAGGGUGCACUAUAUCCAUAAAUGCUAAUGAGGUAUAGUCAGAAUCACAUUAUAAAAAGAGGGUGCCCAGAUUGGGAAAGUUGAGUUCCUUAUGGGAAAACUCCAACAGGAACUAUCCCUCUACUGAUGAUCAAUUGGCAAGGCAGCCAUCAGAGUUUAAGAAUAUCGUUAAGGAGGUAUAUUUGUAACUUGUGCAUAGGUCUUUAUAGGAUUUCUGUAUGCUUGGGUAAUCAUAACUUUAAUAAAACUUGAAACACAGACUAAACCUUGUACUUGUAAAUGUAUGAGUGUCACUAUCCUUGGUCUUUGUGUUCCUAGAGACUCUAAGUCUAAAACAAGUAGCAGAGGUGACUUUCACUCUGAGCUUGAAACUGUAGCCACCAGAGCCGAACCCAGGUUGGUGUAAUACCACGUUACAAAAUUAACUUGAAAUAAAAUAAAAUAAAAGGCUACAACUUAUUGGUAUCUGAAAUACCGGAAUCUCCUCGGUACCGAUAUUGCUCUGGUACACAUCACAUCCCCAGUGUGCUCGGCACUCUCA